GUUAAAGUUUUGCCGUCGUGUAUGUCGACAUGUCGACUCUGUCACCAAAUGUCAUCCGCUCUCGAGUCCGCAGUUUUUAGCGAACGAUUUUCAUUUGGCAUCGUUUCAAUCGAUCGAAAACUCCAGCGCGUUAUCAUGUCGGGCGCUAUCAAAAAGGCUACCGGAUUGACCGGGCUUCAUGUGGCCAAGAACCCACACCACACGCUGACGGCUCUGUACAACAAGAUCCUCCGGGCCGUAGCGAAGAUGCCGCAGGAUGCAGCCUACCGGCGCUACACCGAGCAGAUUGUUUCCGAGCGUGCCAAGGUUGUGGCAACGACACCCUCGGUUCGUGAAGUGGAGGAUAAAAUAAACUGCGGCCAAGUGGAAGAGCUGAUCCUCCAAGCGGAAAAUGAACUGACCCUGGCCCGUAAGAUGCUCGGCUGGAAGCCCUGGGAACCCCUAGUGAAGCAAGCCCCGGCCACCCAGUGGUCUUGGCCUCCGGCAAAAAUUCACGAACUCAAGUAAGCUAGACACGAAUGCGAUUUAUUGUUUAUGUUAGAACACCAGAUGCCCUGUAAAUACAGUUCUGCUCGAUGGAACAGGCA